UCGAUAACUGAUAACCAAUUGCUGCCAACAGAAUUAUUUUUUGGGGCCAAGUGAAAAAUACGUGUAAUAUUUACAAUAAGUAAUCAGAAAACAACAGUGUUAACCUGCAAUCCCAAUGGAGACACCCACGGCCGAUGAUUUGUUGCAAUUCCGCGACUAUAGCGGCGGUGCCCCGGCCCAAAUAAAUGUUAAUUCACCGACUCAUGCAACGGGCGGAGGAUCUGGUGGAUCCGGUGGUGCCAACGCACAGCGUCAACGCGGCGAUCCGCUGGCGGAUCUUAUCUACGACAUGACCACCUCGGCUCAGGGAUUAGCAGGAGAUGGAUCCAGCGGCGGUUCCCAGCCUCAGAACUCCUCACUUGACGGAUCCGCCGGCGGUGGCACUGGCGGUGCACGACUCUCCUUCCUUACCAUUGAAUACUACCAGCAGUUCUUCAAUGUAGACACGUACAUGGUCCUCGAGCGAAUCGCCAACUCUAUGAUCCCUAAACGGGCCGCUGGCAACUAUCUGCGAAUGAACAUUGGCGAGAAUCCGGAUCUCUAUGGACCCUUCUGGAUCACCGUUACUCUGAUCUUCUCCAUAGCCAUUAGUGGCAACAUAGCCAGCUAUCUGCAUCAUGCCAACGAUAACUACAGCUGGCACUACAACUUCCACCUGGUCUCCUAUGCGGCCACCUGCAUCUUCUUGUAUGCCAACAUCUUGCCAGCUGUGCUGUGGGCCUUGUUCAAGUACAGCCUAAAACCCGUGGAUUCGGCGGAUGCCAUCGAAACGGAUAGUGCCACCUAUACUCCGAGUCUCUUGUCGCUGAUGUGCAUCUAUGGAUACAGUCUGGCCAUCUAUAUACCAGUAUCCAUUCUGUGGGUUAUCAAUAUCUCUGUGCUGCAAUGGCUCUUAGUGAUCACCGCCGCCCUGCUCUCGGGAACAGUUUUGAUUGCCGUAUUGACGCCUGCUCUGCGAAACUCGCAGUUCUCGCUGUUCCUCAUCAUUGGCAUCCUGAGUGCCCAUACAGUAUUGGCCGCUGGUUUUAUGCUCUACUUCUUUCACAACCCUCCAGAUGCCAGCCCAGUGUCUGCUGUUACUCCGCCACCUGCUCUUCCUGCUGCUCUGAAAGCCGUGACCCAAGUGGUCGCCAACGUUGUCCCCGGGAAUCAGACCCAUUAAGAUGCAUUCCGCGAAAGCCAGUUCGUCAUUCGUCGCUUACAUUUGUUGUAAAUUAAGUUUCUUCCUUAUUCUAUUAUUCGUUAGAAAGCUAUGCCAGAGCUCGGAUGUUCCUGGAUUUUAUUAUUUUAAAAUCCCUAGCCACAUCUGAGCCAAAGCAGGCCGCCUUUUCGUGCUUUAUAUUGACUUUCUAUAACAUUUGGCGACUGUAUAUUUAUAUUAAAAUUAGAGGUAGAAGUACGUGUAAUACCAAAAAACGAAGAAAAUAAUUCAAAAAUCGAUAAAACUUUUCGCUGGGGUAGCUUAAAAAUUUAAAAUCUUUGUCGAUGAUCCAAGACAGAAGAAUAUGUUAAUCAUGCCAUCAUUAAAAACAAUGUAAAUAUAAUCCAAACUACUUAAAAUACGUUUUUUAACUGGAUAAUAGAUGGAUUUAUAGACGAUUUUCAAGAGUUCUUUAAAUUUAUUAUUUAAAAGUUAUUAAACUUAUUUUGAUUGGUGUUUGGUUGGAAAUCUUUCUGUAUCCUUUAGGAAUAAGAAUAUAUAUCUUAGUCUUAUGCAGGGUUCAGAAACAUUUCCAUUAAAAUGCAAUGGUUUUUGUGUGUAUUUGUAGAAAUUUGAUUGAAAAAAUUGCAAGAGCUGAGGCUGAGUUCA